CCACUCUCUCCCUCCCACGUCUCCCCAAAGCCCACAGAACCCUACCGGCUACCGCCACCACCGCGCCGCCAUGGCCGCCGGCGGCCGGCCGUGGCGCGUGAUCCCGCGGCCCGUCCUCGAGACCGUCCUCCACAACCACGCGCUCCGCCCGCGCGUGCCGCAGCCGCUGCUCCUCCACGGGCCCCGCGGCGUCGGCAAGUCCACGCUCCUCCUCGACCGGCUCCUCCCCCGGUGGUCGGAGACACCCCACGCCACCGCAUUCGUCGACUUCCUCCGCCCCACGCCCGCCUCCCCCGCUGCGGUGCCGUGGUCCCUCCUCCACCCUGCCGACCUGGCGCCGCCCACGCUGCCCGACCUCCGCCGCCGCCUCGAGUCGGCGCUCGAGGGCCUCGCCCGCGCCGCCGUCCUACGAGGUGCCGUUGGGUCCAAGGACGUGCUGGCCGCGCUCUCCCGCUCCAACGGCCUCAGCACCGCGCUAUCCCGCCUGGCCGGGGGCCCCGCCGCUCGCUCCUCAGCAGGCUCUGUGCCGGCUCGCCGCUCUUCGGCCACAUCCGUGCCGGCGCUCUGGUCGAGGGCCGUGCUCGCCGCGGUGCGCAGGGACGACGCCACGUUCCGCAUUGGUGACGGUGAGGCGACCAACUGCUCUAUGGAGGAGAGGGCGUACAUGCAGGAGGCCUUGGCGGCCCUGCGGGUGGCCAAGGAGGCUCUCGGGAUGCAGGAGGGGUGGAGGAAGGAUGCAAUUAGGGAGAUGAAUAGAACCGGUCGAUUCUCGCGCUCACUGGCCAAUUCAGCCACUGACUGGCCAUGCCUAUUGCUGGAUGUUCUGUCCGGUGCGGCAGAGGAGGAAUUCUUUCAGCCGAAACUGGUGCUAAACAAUGUGGAUGUUCUGAGGAAGGCAACUUGUGAGGACGAGACAAUGGUGCCAGCAGCAAUGUACCAUGAUAGCUUUAUUUGGAGGGUGAUCGCACUUGGUGCCAAUGAACAGUGCUUGCCGGUCAUUUUAUCGACUUCAGAUGGCUACUAUUCUUCUCAAGCAUUCGUUGAUUUCGGUUUCCCUAAUAUAUUUAUUUCUCGUGAGACAUUUGGUUGGACACCGCAAGAAGCUAAGCUGCAUAUGGUUUCGGAAUUCUUCAGUGAACAGGAGUGGAAAGUUGUAGAUGAGGUUCUUGGGCCGAACCCGCGACAAUUAUCUGAGAUAUAUAUGCUGAAGCAAAAAGUGAAUAGCCCAGAGGUUUUUCAUGACAGGAAUAUUGAGGAAGUUAUUGAUAUGUACCUGGCACACUUGCAAGUCUCCGUCGUGAAUCCAGCAAUGGAGGCAGCAUUACAAAUGUUGCAGAAGUUUGCCGCAGAUGUCCAUGAGGGCAAAGUACAAGAGAACAGAUUGUCUUUUGGUGCACCUUGGAGACAUCCACCUCGGGAUGACAAUCCUGACUUGUCCUAUAAGUGGGCAAAGAUUCAGCUAAUGGAUUUUGUCCAGUCCUUUGUAAACACUGAGUUUGGGGUGAACUACCUUGCAGAUGACAGCUUGGAAAUAUUGGAUGAUCCUGCUGCUGUUGCCAUGAUGGAGGUUGGUUUACUUUAUCAACAAAGAGAUCCAUCCUUUAUGCGACCAGUCACUCGUGGGAUUCAGCGUUGUCUUGCCAGAUGGCUUGCUCAGCAGAGAUUACAGUUGAACAUUCAAGAAACAAUAGCAUUCUUUUGGCAACGUUUGAUACGAGGACGAAGCUACCGUCACUUGAUGAAAGAAGUUGGGUACAAGUAAAGAGGUGAUUUUGAUGGACUAACUUACUGACGGGAAUUUCAUAAGAAUGUUUCAAGCAUUUAUGAUUUUGUGUCCACUCAUAUUCCCACUGAGUUUGGGACCUCGGCAACUGCUGCCAUUCCGGAUAGAGGUGGACGGCUGGUUUUACAUUUUCUGCUGCUAAAAGAAUAAACGAAGUGAUGCCAGCAGUUCUUUUAGUUCACUUGCGCAUUUGGUGGGAAUCGCCCAAAGUGGCAACAGAAGCUCUACAUUCUCUUAGAAUGUGGCAUUUCUACCUAUAUGGCUGUAUGGUAAUUUUUGGGUCAUGAGCUGGAUGUGGCACAGAAUUCUUACAUCAUCCCUUUUGGUAGUUCAUUGAGGUGACUACUGGAUUUCGGGAAGAGUUAAUCCCAAGUGCUUCCCCAGUCGUUUUUGAAGUGACAGAAAUGUACAUGUGGACCACUAAAUUCCAGAUUAGUACAGUGAAGCCAAGCAGUGUGUAGGCGCUCAUCCGUUCAAGGUGUUACUGUAACCUAGUAAUUCUUAGAGAACUUGGUCUUUUGCAUGAGGGAAUCUUUUUCAGACGAGAGAGUGGUACCAAUGUUUUAUCGCAGUCCCAGCUAACAGAAACGAGUUGAUAUAUUUUUCCGAGUGGUAUAAAGGUAUCAAUGUUCUUGGAGCAAAAA